GUACGACGAGAACGACAUUCUAAGGGAACUGGACGACCCCAACUCGCAGGCCGCAGCCUACCGCCUCCAGCGGGUGCUCUCCGAGGCCGUGGGUGGUGCCGAAGGCCCUAACGACCUGGCUAUUGCCUCUUCGUCGCCAGCAGCAGCAGCAGCAGCAGCAGAGGAAGGAGUAGCGAGUCCAGAUGACUACUUGCUCCUUGACCCUCGCUAUUACCUGCUUUGGGAGUACUUAAACCAAGGAGACGAGGCCACUGGCACCAGCAGCAGCAGCGGCAGGAGGAUCAGGAACAGCCGAAACAUCAACAGCAGUAGUCCCAGCAGCACCAACAUCCUCGAUAACAACACUAUGGUCAAGAGGACCUGGACAAAAGGACCUGGCCGACGAGGGACCUCCGGUCUCUCCCUCUCCAUCGACGCCUCGAUGAAGGUGCUACGACAGGCGCUCUACCUAGAGAUGGCCCGCAAGAAGCAGCGUCAGCAGAUGCAGAGAGUUCAGCACAACCAGAAGCUAUUAAACGACAUCGGCAAGAGGGACGUGACGCAGCAGAUACAGCAGGAGAGACCACAGCAUCAGCAGCAGCAGCAGCAGCACCAGCAGCAGCUGAGGAAGUAAAUGAGCCGUGCACCACUAGACGAGGUUGUGGUGGCCCUUCCAACGACCGAGCACCUCCUGGCAGGCAGCGCUGACGGUGGUCCGGGAGUCACGUCUCGACGACCCUUCAAACUACCGCCAGUGGUGAUUCAGAGCGCUCCUCCGCCAGAGGAACUCCUUGGCAUUCAUAUAUACCUCCCACGGGAUCACCUCCGCUGCUCUGUGGACAUCUGUAACCAAGGAACCUGUCGUAUCCUGCCUACUGACGAAGGAGGCCUCUCCUUCCUUCGCAAAGUAGACUCCAAUCGGGCUUGAGAUGAAACAAAGCCACUUAAUAUUUGUUCUCUCUUUGGUCUACGUCUCAUAAUAUUUCCUGUUGUAUAGGAUCCAAUAUUAUAUUAAUUACACAGGCCGAUACCCUUUUCCCAAUACCCUAUAACACACCUCGACUCUACCUCUGCCGUAGCAUCUGUCCCCCACUAUACCCCCCUGCGGGCAUGAGUUGUAUACAGAUAUUUUUGUAUAGCUCAAAGCGAAUUGGCCCUUAACAAGUAUAUACAAUAUACAUAUAUAUAUAUAGUGAAAUAUCAAAGAAUAAAAAAAAUGGAGUCGCUUUAGAAAGAGAGAGACAGCGGCGUCUAUAUGUUUGAGGAAGGUUCGGUGUUAUUUAUAAGAAUCACCAAUGCAAAUAUUUAUGUAAAUAUAUAUAAAAUUUAAAUAAAUCUGACUGCUGGUCGCUCCUCCACUGAAUAA